GUCGCUUCCUCAUUAGCUUCAUUCUGCUGAUUUUAAAUGUGCACAAACUGAACCCUCCAUUCACCACCCGUCACUUUCCAGAAACACCAUGGAAAGUGAUGAGGAGUCACCAGCACAUCUUCAGCAGUGCAAAGCUGGCUCAGUAAAGGGCAGGAGAAAUGUGGGGGGGGAAAGAGAGAAGUCAGGAAAUGAGAGGGUCGAGUUGACGUUGGGGGUGAAAACAUCCGAACCCAAAAUCUCAGUCAAGCUUUUCUCCUGCGUUUCUAACGACAGUGAACCCUGCGAGGCUCAUCAUCGUUACAGUGAUGAUUCUGACAACAAUCGUGAGCCGGACGCUGUUUACGCAAAAGUGGAGGCAUCAAAAAAGGACAUCCAGCGCAGAGGGGACAAAGGGACUGCUGCUGCACAAACACAGAUGCCAAACACAAAGCCCAAGGCCAGGACGCUGGUAGCGAGCAGGCAGCUGAGUGAUGGGAACGAGGCGGCCUCUCUCAGGGACCAAUCCCGUCCUCCGUUACUAACACUGAGAGGAACUGUAAGGACGUCUCCAGCUCACGCAUCCGUCACUGAGACCAAAAAGCAGUAUUACAGCGACCUUUGCAGGCAGGUAGAGGAGAGACAUCAGCAGACGGAGAGAGAGAGGAGGAGAAAUUACACUGACGAACAGAAACACAAUGAGACCCUGCAGCACUCCAUCUGGGGGAGGCCAGGAAGCGGUGCACCGAACUACCACCUGGGCACAGUGAGACGGACCAAGAUCCUCUGCACCGCCGGGAUUUUACCCCAAGAGCAGAUCCGUGAUAAAGGCUUCUGUGGGAUCCCCUUCCACUCCCAGUGACAUGAAGACCAUAACAUCCCCAAACUGAGACAACUGAGGGGCUAAUUGUCGCCUCUGACUUCCUGCUCCUCGAGCAAUGUUAAUUUUGUAGCCGUCGAAGGAAUUUGGGCUUUUUCAGCAGCAGAUUCUGACGGCAGAAUACAGAAUAAACUUGCUGUGCAAACAUUUAAGAAGGCGCCAAACUGACUGUGCGUCAAACAGCGGUUCAUUUUUUUAACUGAGGAGCUGCAACAGCCGGAGCCGCCAUAUUGUUUUCCGGUUGUCUGUUCAUCCCGUUCUCAUGGACAUGAGAUCUUUGUAACACCUUGACGGAACUUCUUCAAAUAUGGCUAAAACAUUCACUAGGACUCCAGGAUAGACUGAUUAGAUUUUGGUGGUCAAAGGUCAAAGGUCAAGGUGGCGGUGACCUCACAAAACACGGUAUUGUGCCUCUUGAAUGUCGUAUCACUUUGUUAAGAUUUGGCACAAAUAUUUACUUGGCCUCAAGGAUGAACUGAUUAGAUUUUGGUGGACAAAGGUCAAAGGUCAAUGUCAUGUUGUCGUGAAUGCAUUAUAUCAGAAAACGCCCAGAGGCAAUUUCAUUACUUCUGUCACACAAAUCCAUACACAGUUUAACUCAAAACGUCUACAAGGAUGAAAUGAAGUGAUGACAUUUUAUAUCCAAAAGGUCAAAGGUCAACUUCACUGUGACAUUAUAAUGUUCAAAAAAAAAAACACACACCAAGCUUCCUCCAGAGUCACAGACGACAUUACACAACUAUGUUUUCACAGGCUGAGUUGUUCUCCUCAUGACCAUCUAAAUCAUACGACAUUGGAAUUAAUUCAAGGCCUAAUUACUGAAUAUUGAAGCUGCGUCUCCAUGGAACACCUGCGUGAGGUCAAGGCCUUCGGUAAUCGUUCUUGCAGCUCAGGUCGAGUCUUUAUGGAAAGUUACAUUUUGGAAAAUGAAAAGAUUGAUUACCAGACAACUUCAACCACUGAGCUGCACGACUGAGAGCUGAAUUUCAUCAGUGACCAAGGAGGUUAAAGUUUGACACACACACACACACACACUCACAAAUGAUUGAUUCUGCUUUGCUGGAGAGUUUGAGCUUGCAGAAGUUUGAGAUGACAUCGGCCUACACAGGUCUGAGAAAAGUUUGUGAAUAUAUCUUCGCUGUAAAUGACUCGUAUCGUGGCAGAAUACGUCGCUGAUUUGUUCAUUAUAGUGUUGGACAUAAAGAACAAACAGCCUCGACUUGAAUACUUUGAAUUAUUUGUCCAAAAAGUUUUUUCCCUGAUUGAUCUACCAGGUAGUCGUCAGAUAAUUACACUGUGAGGAGCGAUGACUCAUCCCCUCUAAUUGCAUGGCUUUGUUAGCGUGACGUUAGCGGGCUUUUAAAUGGAACAGUUUACGCACACACUGAGUGAUUGUAUUUAGUUUUUUAUAGGAUAAGGGCCUUAUUGCAGAGGGCAGCGGCAGCUUUCCAUCUCAGUGGGAGAAUAAUUAUGAUGUAGGGAUGUAGGCUGCUGAGGUUGGUAAUUAUACUGUGGAACACAGAGGAUCUACCUUUUGGUUCAUCUACUCCUUCUAGUUUCAUCCUCUGUACAAUGAGCUGCUCACCCAGCUUUAAAAUAGAUUUUAUUCAUCGUCUCCUCGAUGAGUCCAUGAGGAGCUCGAGCUCAUCUCAGUGUAAACUUCGGCCGUUUUUACGCUUCCAGUAUUUGGAACAGCAGCACCCCUCAAUCAGGAAGGUCAGAGGUCAUGGUAAACAACAACACAUCACCCCAGCAACACGAGUUAAAGCAAAGUGCAGUCGAGUUGCAGGAUGUCUGAAAGCUCUGGUUGAAGGACUCUGACCACUAAUUUCCAUGCUCUCUCUCUCAGACUCGGUGGUGACCUUACUGAAGCUUGCUUUAUGCCGACUCAUCACUUUUAUAUUCCCAAUAAACCCUUUGGUGAAUUACA